UGUUUCCAGCCCCGACUCAGCCAAUCAGCGUGCGGCAGUGUUUUCAUCUUGGGUUGGAAUAAAAGCGCUGGAAUAAAAGGAGACAGAAAAGGCGCCGGCCGGGCCCGAUACACGCUGCUGGGAACCUGGUGGCCGCCGAACCGGAGCCGAAGCCGGAGCCGGGCCUCCGCGCCGCGCCAUGGCGCCCACCCUGGCCACAGCCCAUCGGCGCCGCUGGUGGAUGGCCUGCACAGCAGUGCUGGAAAACCUCCUCUUCUCGGCAGUCCUCCUGGGCUGGGGCUCGCUGCUCAUCAUGCUCAAGUCGGAGGGCUUUUACUCGUACCUGUGUACUGAGCCAGAUAUUGUCACCAACGGCACAGUGGGGGGCACAGCAGAGCCGGAGCAGGAAUCCGAGGAUAUCAGCUGGAUGAAUGGCUGGCUUAGCUGCCAGGCCCAGGAUGAGAUGCUCAACUUGGCGUUCACCGUAGGCUCCUUCCUGCUCAGUGCCAUCACCCUGCCUCUAGGCAUCGUCAUGGACAAAUAUGGCCCAAGGAAGCUCAGGCUGCUGGGCAGUGCCUGCUUUGCUGUCUCCUGCUUGCUGAUUGCCUAUGGAGCAAGUAACCCGAACUCCCUCUCUGUGCUCAUCUUCGUUUCCCUGGCUCUGAAUGGCUUUGGUGGGAUGUGCAUGACUUUCACUUCAUUAACACUACCCAACAUGUUUGGCGACCUUCGGUCCACGUUUAUUGCCUUGAUGAUUGGAUCCUAUGCCUCAUCCGCAGUCACCUUCCCUGGAAUCAAGGUCAUCUAUGACUUCGGUGUCUCCUUCAUCAUCAUCCUUGUGGUCUGGGCAAGCUGCUCUGGAUUGGUUUUCCUCAACUGCUUCUUUAACUGGCCCCUGGAGCCCUUCCCAGGGCCGGAGGACAUGGACUAUUCGGUGAAGAUCAAGUUCAGCUGGCUGGGCUUUGACCACAAGAUCACAGGGAAGCAGUUCUAUAAGCAGGUGACCACGGUGGGGCGCCGUCUCAGCGUGGGCAGCUCCAUGAGGAACAGCAAGGAGCAGGCAGCACUGCAGGAGGGCCAUAAGCUGUGCCUGUCCACCAUCGACCUGGAGGUCAAGUGCAAGCCGGAUGCUGCAGCGGCGCCCUCCUUCAUGCACAGCGUGUUCAGCCCCAUCCUGCUGCUCAGCCUCCUCACCAUGUGCAUCACGCAGCUGCGGCUCAUCUUCUACAUGGGCGCCAUGAACAACAUCCUCAAGUUCCUGGUCAGCGGCGACCAGGACGUAGUGAUGGCCACUGUUGGCCUCUACACGUCCAUCUUCGGUGUCCUCCAGCUGCUCUGCUUGCUGACGGCCCCUGUCAUUGGCUACAUCAUGGACUGGAGGCUGAAGGAGUGUGAAGAUGCCUCAGAGGAGCCUGAGGAGAAAGACACCAACCAAGGCGAGACGAAGAAGAAACGAGACCGGCAGAUCCAAAAAGUCACCAAUGCCAUGCGGGCCUUCGCCUUCACAAACCUGCUGCUUGUGGGCUUUGGGGUGACCUGUCUCAUUCCCAACCUGCCUCUACAGAUCCUCUCCUUUAUCCUACACACGAUUGUGCGAGGAUUCAUCCACUCUGCUGUUGGGGGCCUGUAUGCUGCUGUGUACCCCUCCACCCAGUUCGGCAGCCUCACGGGACUGCAGUCGCUGGUCAGUGCACUCUUCGCCCUCCUGCAGCAGCCCCUGUUUCUGGCCAUGAUGGGUCCCCUCCAAGGAGACCCUCUCUGGGUGAACGUGGGGCUGCUUGUCCUGAGCAUGCUGGGGUUCUGCCUCCCCCUCUACCUCAUCUGCUACCGGCGCCAGCUGGAGAGGCAGCUACAGCAGAAGAGGGAGGAUGACAAGCUUUUCCUCAAGCUGAACGGCUCCUCCAACCGGGAGGCUUUCGUGUAGCGCCCACGACCUCAGAACUAUGGUCUCCUGCCCUUGCUUCAGUGACUCACCAGUGUCCUCCUCCCCAUCCCAGAGGACCUCCGUGCACCCUCAGGAUCCUUGCCUUCACAUUUUGGAGUCCACGCUCCCUCCCAGGGCCCCAGUCCUGCCUUGGAGCUCUGCAGCGGAAGGACCGGAGAGGGCCCGGAUGUGUGAUUUUCCUAGUGCCGGAAGCAAGGGCUGCUGUGGGCUUUGCUCUGCCAUCCUAGAGGGGCCCUUGGGCUUUGAGGCUCAGUGGGGCCUGCAGGGGGAGCAAGAAGGAGCCCAGCAGACAGGCUCUCUCCUUCAUGUGUCUGGAUUCUGCCUCUUGCCAAAGCAGUGGGGUCUGCCAUCUACUGCCUGCCACCUGCCUCUCGGCCGCAUGCCCACUGGCCACACCUGCCCAAGGACAAAGGCUCUCAUCGUCUGCACCCCCUCGCCUGCCCCUCGACCUCCUCCCUUGGCCAGUCGGAGGCUGCCUGAGGAAGGAAGGACCCGCUUCCUGUUGUUGGUGCUAACUCCUUUGUAAUUCCAGCCCCCUGUGGCCUGUCCAUGACCUGUCCUCCUGUUCCAGGCCUGUGGAGAAGCCCCCCUGCCGGCUGAAAGCCUGGGGAGGGAAUGGAGGGCUGGAUAGUCAGGCAUCGCUUAGGAGCCAAGGACAAGGCUAAUGAGCAGUCCCUCACCUCCUCCCUCAGGGCGAGGAGUGUUUCCGCUGCCACCCUCCAUCCAGCCUGUGACCUGAAGGGAAUUAAAACGGCACCAACAGGGCACCCCCGACACACACAGCUGUUUUUAUGGGGGUGGAAGUCAGGCUGUUGCUGACAGACAUGGAGGGCCAGGCCUGACUGGGGAGAUGGGGUUGUGAAGGGCUUAGGGGAUGUGUGUACUUGUGGGAUGUGUGAGAGGUGUAUAUGUGGGGUGAUUCUGAGGUGGGGGUUCUGGGUGUCUGCUCUUAACCUCCCAGAGCCAUGGGACAGGCAGCCCAGGCCUGCCACAGGCUCUGGGUCCCGAGGCUGCCUUGCUCUGGGCCUGGAGCUUGUUUGAGGCUGUGGGGUUAUACUGCCCCCUGCCGGCAGGCUCCUCUGGGGCCCGUAGCUGUUUACUUGAGAGAGGUGGCUCUCUUCCAGGCUGGCCUGGCUCUCCAGCCACCCGCCUGACUGCCCCCAGAAAUGGGUCUGAGACUUCCUGGGAGUGCUCAGCAGGGUGGGUUGAUUUUUAGGUUUAUACCUUUGGGUCUUUUAAGUUUUACCAGACUCCUUUUUAUAAAGCAAUAAAUCCCAUUUUUCCUCCUGGGAAGGGAUGACCCUGCUAGCAUUUUCAGUUAAUGGCUACACGUGCCUGUUUUGAGCUUGAGAAGAAAAGGCAAGACAAAAUUUUCUGCCGCUGACCAGCCCCAGUCCUACCCAGUCACUGCCCGUCUGUGAUGGGUGACUGCCAUCUUAAGAGCUGCACUAGUCAGGAAAAGACCUCACUGCCCCACCUCACCCCCAAACUGGGCUUGUGCAGAGAUCUUAAAAGUGGGGACCACCCCUCCUCUGCUGUCCAGCCCAGCCACACCACGAAUCCUGACCCCUUGUAUCCCCUACUCAGGUUUCCCACCCAUGGCUCAACCACCCUGAGGGUUUCUCCUGAGCUCAGGUCACAGGGUGACACCAAGAGAAUCUCAGGUUCAAAGAGACAGAGGCAGAACGCAGUGAGGGGAACUUGUGGAGAACAGGAAGGGGCAGACCCAGGGCCAAGUCUGAGCUCUGCCUGAACCGUGGAGCACCUCCUGCACACAUCAUUUUCCUGGGCUUCUGUCCAGUCCACUCAAACACUAAAAAGCAAAAGAACAUAUGUUUAAAAUAAAUAUUUUUUAAAAAGAGGGAACUAGAUCAACAUUUCCCAAACCAUUCCUCAGAACACUAGCUCUGUAAGAUGCUAAUUAUUCUAAUUUAAGAAAUCACGGUCAGGGGCACCUGGCUGGGUCAGUCAAUAGAACAUGUGACUCUGGAUCUUGGAGUUGUGAGUUCAAGCCCACAUUGGGCACAGGACUUGAGAGAAAAAGAAAAUGGUCAAAUUUGGGAAAGGCAGAGUUAAAUUCAAGCACGUUUUCUUACAGCAACAGGCACUUGUUGCACUUCUGUCAUGUUCAUGGACAUGAUGCUCCCCAGGACCAGGUGCGGCGUGCUGCAGAGGGAGCACUGGUUUUAGCAGUCAGAGCCGUCCUCCACGUGCAGCCCAGUGACCACUUGUUAGAGAUGUGAACUCUAGGUGUUGCCUCUGCCCUAGAUGGAACGGGCAGUCCACGUUUGGCUGAGCCCCACCUGGUGAUUCUGGUGCCCCCCAAACGUUUGAGACCUCAUCCUGCCCUGACCGUAGGGAGUUGGUGGGUUACAUAUUUUCCUACCAUCAUCCUUGAAUCAUGAUAACAACCCAGGAACCAGAUACUAUCCCUAUUUUAUAACUGGAAAACUUGAGGCCCAGGGGCUGUUUGCGGAGAUGCUAAUUAGCAAAAAUUAGCAAAGGCCCUUUCCACUGAGAAAACGAAGGAAGGUUGUACAGUCAGGGCUCGUGCUGUCCCCAGGUGCGCCCAGGCCCAGCCAAAGGGAGCUGCUGCCUGUCUCUCCCACCCACCCGCUUGCAGCACAUGAGCACUCUGUGGGAAGAAACAGGCCUUGAGAAACUAAAGUCCAGUGGGGGAGAUAUUCUAGGGCCAACAGCAUGUGGAGCCAUGCUGAUGGGCCAGGUACCUGUUCCCUCACUUCCUUGUCAGGGGCCAGUCAUUCUGCUCUGCCCAUAGGGAGUUAGUGGGUUACAUAUUUUUCUAUCAUCAUCCUUGAAUCAUGAUAACAACCCAAGGAAUUAGAUACUAUCCCUUUUUUGUAGCUGGAAAACUCGAGGCCCAGAGGGUAUAGUCACUUGCUCAGGGUUAGACCUGGUACUUUUAUGCUCCUAAAGUCAUCAGAGAAUCCAAGGCCCUCCAGACCAGGACAUUCCAUUCCGAGCUUCAGCUCCAGGGCCCACUGGGCCUCGGGAGCAGGGCAGCAACCUCCUGGGGAAGGGAAGUAAAAAGCCAGGCAUGGUCUCCAUUUUCCAGAGCCAAGAGCUUCCUCAGAGAGGGAGUUGAGCUCUACUUAAUAAGAGUCAUGUUGGCUGAUGGGUACUUGACCAAGGGAGCAAAUCUCCGGUCACCCCGACCCUGAGAGGAGUGCCGUGGGAGGGGAAGGGACCAUGAGCUGUUCAGAGGCAAUGGGCAUCAAGGGGCCACAGACAUCUGUCUCCACCUCCCCUCUCCCCAUUCUUCAGGCUCCUGGCAGGAAGGAACAGGAAGUGAUACCUGGCCAUGCGCUUUUGGUCAGAGUGAGGAUGGGGACUGAUUCUCCCUCAGGAACAUUGCCGGGGGUCCCUUUGUUUCUAGUCUUCCUGGACUCUUGCCUAGGAAUCUAGUCAUUCCUUGGUGGUUGCCUCCCUCCAAACCCUUCCGGGGAAAGGCUCCUACCCUCCUAAAGGCCAUGGGUUGCAGGCCCCUGUGGUUUCCCCUCCAUUUUGUUCUUUCUCCUUUCCCACUUGUACCUGGAAUCGGCCUGGUGAAAAGAAUAUCUGCUCCAGCCUUCCUUGUCCUGGCCCUGGGCUAUGUAGUCUGAGCGGGAGUCAUACUGCCCCGGGGCCCAAGGAUGCUGAGAUGGGGACCCACCUGGUAUUGGGGGUACAUAGGCAGCAGCACAAAUACGUCUAGCCCAGUGGAGUUUCUGAUGAGCUUGCAUGUCAGCCUACAUGAGUUUGAAUACGUAACGGGGCUGGGGGGCUGGUGCAGACAAACAGUGGGCACUCUAGGGUGAGGUGCUCCUGUCACAGAACUCUGAGAGGUCCUCUCCACAGGAUUGGGCUUCGGGGGCCAUUUAAGCACUGGCUCCCCUCCCUCUGAAGGAGUAUAUAAUGGCUUCUCACGGGCUCUUGCGGUGAUGAGAUGCUUUAUCUGUACCAAUUACCAGGGCCCAACCCAAGGGACAUAGCCCAUUUUCCCCAAUACGGAUGGUGACAUUGUGAGGAUUUGGAACCCAGGACCCCCAAAGUGAAGGAGUUGGCUUUCCCCAGGGUUGGGGGUUGGUCAGGGUGAAUAGGUGAGCUCUGUGAGCCUGUUUCCACCCGUGCCCUAACUCCCUGGGGUGAGGGUCCUGGGGUAGGGGUACAGCCUCGUCCACGGCCGGCCUGCCACGGGGAGGAGCUCUGUCAACAGGGAGCCACUACCUAUGCCCCUGGGUCUCUGCAGAUAGCACGCCCACCUUCGAAGUUAGUCAUUCUCUGCCUCUUGGAGCGGAUCUGAGACCGACCAGGGCCCCUGGCAGCUCCCAGCCUCAUCCCAGCAUGAGGCGCCAUCUCCCUGUGUGCCAAGGAGGCAGUGAGAGAAGCAGAGCUUAGAGGCCCCACCACGAAUACCAUCUCAGUGCUGUUAGGCACAUCUUGAGCCUCAGUUUCCUUAUCCGUAAAAUGGAGGUCAUACCUUCACUGUGAGGUAGGGGAACACGGACACAAAGCCCCCACACAGUGGUCUACUUGGCACUUAGAAGGUACUUACCAAGCGACAGCAUUAUGUUUAUGAUUCAGGAGGCGUCCAGAGAGCCCAGGGAACAAAGACUACCCCACCCCCCAAAACCCCAUCCUAUAAUCGGACAUCUAUUCUGGGCACCUCAGACCAGAACAGGCCUGUGUUCACCCCAUUCUCUCUCUCUCUCUCUCUCUGAAACCCUCUCUAUGCAAAAACCUUAAGAAGUUGUCCCCUUGUCCAUUUUUCUUUUAUGGCCCACAUUUUAGUAAAGGAUUUGGCCCCAAAGCCCCUCAAGGUAAGUGUUGAGAUACCCUGACAGCUUACGCAAAGCAGGGUGACAGGUCACGGUGUGUAGGCAGCACUGCUGUACUUCCUCCUAUACAAGCACUUGGCUGUGCACAAUGUGUUCACAUGUUCGGGGCCCAUCAGGUGUGAACACGUUUUGAGGAGUGUGUAGGAGCUCGUCCGUGUGCUGCUUCCCCAGCUGGAGAAGAGGGAGGGGAUCUUGCCUCCCUGAAUCCCCGCCCAUUGCUGGAAAAGUCCUGGGUCCCCGGUGGUACCUGAAGGGUUCAUCAGUUCCCUGUGUUAACCAGGGUCAGUGGUGUCACCAGCGCUCAGUAACAGACCCUGCCUUCCUGCUUCAUUGCUGUCUCUGGCCCCCAACGUACUUCCUGGCCCACAGUAAGCACUCAAUAAAUGUAUGCAGAGAAUGA